AUAUUUUCCAAAUUUUCUAUUAGAAUUGAUUUAGCCGACAGUCAAAGUCAAUUUUCAACGAGGCACCUUCGACGGAUGCCAAGUUUUCUCGGAAAAUCACGUUAUAUCCGCGAUCAUUAUUACAGAAAAUGUCAUCUCGACGAAAGAUCAGGCAGUAUAAUUAACAAUAGAAUAAAUAGCGGGAUCGAUGAUAAUUGACAAAUAUAGCAGCGCAGUGUCCGCAAGCGCGUGCAUCACACGGUCAUGGCCUCCCGGACGCACGUGCAGCGCGUCCGAAUGCUGUACAAGACGAUUUUGAGGUUACAUCGCGGUCUACCUACCGAGGUCCGGCCCUUGGGCGACGGUUACGUUCGCGAUGAGUUCCGGAGACAUAAAGGAUGCGUCGAGAGCGAGGCGAUCAUCUUCCUCCACGAGUGGACUAACUACGCAGUGUCUCUCGCCGAGCAGCUCGGAUUGAGAGGUCCUCAUACGGCAAAACCGCUAGGGCGAUACCUGAAGGAGGAAGACGUCGAGAAGCUGCGAGACGAGCAAGUGUGUCAGCUGUACGAGCUGAUGAUCGCGGCGACGGGCAAGUCGGAGGACGCCAAGAAAACAUAGCUACGUGGCUGUGUCUGUGACGUGGCUAUAGGUCUGUUCGCGUUGUGUGAAAUCCGCAAAUAUUUUUGUACUUAAAAUGAGAUAGAUACAUAUUUUGCCUUAAAAAGAGAUAAAGCGAAGAUGUCGAGUGCC